AAGCCAAACACACAUUUAUGCAGUUCAGCUGGUACACCAUUAAUCAGAUUUUAAUUCUUCUUCCUAUCUUCUCAACAUUGUAGCACUAAAAAUUUGAGGUAUCUUCAGAUUGAUAAUUCAAAUUGUUGUUGGCGUUCCUUAUUCACCACUUAUUCCUCAUUCAUUUUCAAACACACCCCACAUGUUUGAUCAAAUGCCUGCUAUUUGUUGUUUAUUAUUUAAAUCCAUUUUUUGACAUUUGUAUACUUAUAUAUCAAUGUUUUGAGUUGUUUGUAAUUUAUCUUGUAUACAAACAACAUGUUAUGAGUGCCUUUCCAGAAUUGUAAGACCUUAUUUUUAUGUUGACUUCCUUUCUAUUUUGAAAUUCAAUAAAUUUUUAGACAAGUGAAUUGUAAGAUCUUAUUCAAGAUUCAUGGAAUAAAAUUCCAAUUAUGGUAAGGUGCUGACAAGCUUGUUCCUUUUUGGUGUUCACUUGAUGGAAUAAAAUUCCAAUUAUGUUUUCAUUACAGGUUUUAGUAUUUUUCCCUCCAUGUUUUAGUUUUUUUUUCUCUGAUAUAUGUCUGAUUAACCAAUUCUUAUGUUAAAUUAUCAAAAAUCUCAAUCUGCAAAGUAUCUUGGUCCUUCCAAAAGCAAUUCCUUUCAAAUCUCAAUUUUCCUAUUUUGUGUAGGCAGUUCUCAAAAAUCAUUUUUAUGUUGAAAAUGAAAUAGCUAUUUUGAGUUAGUUUUUGAGAAAGUACUCUUUGAUAGAAGGAAGAAAAUAUCAUAAUUUAUGCUAUCUAUACCUUUUCAACUAUAUUAAUGAAAAACUGUUUUCAACUUGAAUCUUUUUGCAACCAUUAGUUGAUUGAAUAUGAUGUGAAUGGGUGGAAGUUUAGCUCAAACAUCAAAUUUCUUUGUUACUUCAUGAUGGAAGUUACAUUAUUCCUUCUUCAUGAUAACAGUUAUAUUAUUCCAUUGUUACUUAAUGAUAGAAAUUGCCUUAUUCAUUUCUUCAUGACAAAAAGUUGUCUUCUUCCUUUGUUACUUAAUAAUAGAAGUUACCUUACUCCAAAGUUAUAUUAUUCCCUUGUUAUAUAAUAAGAGAAAUUGUGCAAACAAGGUCUCAAGCAAAACAAAACGUGUAGUCUUUACAUACCAAAACAUCAAUUAUCAGAGCUUAAUUCGAAUGGCGGAAAUGGUGGUGUCUUUAGUUGUUGACCAACUACUUCCAUUGUUAAGGGAAGAAGCCAAGCUGUUGAGAGGUAUUCACAAGGACUUUGCAGACAUUAAAGAUGAACUCGAGAGCAUUCAAGCAUUCCUUAAGGAUGCUGAUAAAAGAGCCGCAACAGCUGAAGGAGAUAACGUUAGUGAAGGAGUCAAAAUUUGGAUAAAACAGGUUAGGGAAGCAGCUUUUCGCAUUGAAAAUAUCAUUGAUGAUUAUUUGAUCCAGGUGGAACAGCAGGCUAGUGAUCCUAGAUGUGUAGCUUUAAUCCAUAAGCUCAAAACUAUGAUCCCUCGCCGUCGAAUAGCGUCUGAAAUUCAAGACGUUAAGUCAUAUAUUCGUGAGAUCAAGGAAAGAAGUGAAAUAUAUGGCUUCCAACGUUCUUUAGAACAAAGAUCAAGCAGUUCUAGAGAAAGUCGAAAUUCCAAAUGGUACGACCCUCGUGAGGCUGCUCUUUACAUUGAAGAAUCUGAAGUUGUGGGCUUUGAACUGCCAAGGAAAAGAUUGAUUGAUUGGAUGGUAAAGGGAAUGAAGAAGCGCACUGUAGUUUCCGUUGUAGGAAUGGGAGGGCAAGGGAAAACCACUCUUGCCAAGACAGUUUUUGACAGCAAGGAAGUCGUCGGACACUUCGAUUGUCGUGUGUGGAUCACAGUUUCUCAAUCAUAUAAUAUUGAAGAGUUGUUGAGGGACAUGCUGAAAAAGUUUUACCAAGAAAAAGGAUACAAUGCUGCUAGGGAUUUUUCUCAAAUGAAUCGACGGUCAUUGACUGAAGAAGUGAGAAAGUACUUGCAUCAAAAGAGGUACGUUAUCCUGUUUGAUGAUGUUUGGAAUGUACAUUUUUGGGAUGACAUUGAAUUUGCUUUAAUUGAUAACAAAAAUGGUUGUAAGAUAUUGAUAACAACAAGGAACCUAGAUGUUGUGGUGUCUUGUAAAAGAUUUUCUUUAAUUGAAGUGCUUGAAUUGCAACCUUUAACUUCAGAAGAAUCUUUGGAGUUGUUCAAUAAAAAGGUAUUCAAAUCUGACUAUGGUGGGUGUUGUCCUAAAGAGCUCCUGGAUAUAGCAUAUGAAAUUGUUGAAAGAUGCAAGGGUUUACCACUAGCAAUUGUUUCCAUUGGUGGUCUUUUGUCUACAAGUGAGAAAAAUGUGGUUGUGUGGCAGAAAUUUAGAGAGAACCUUAGUUUAAACCUAAAGAAAGAUACACAUUUAACUGGGAUAGAAGAAAUUUUAAGUUUAAGUUACGAUGAUUUGCCUUACUAUCUUAAGUCAUGUUUGUUGUAUUUUGGAAUAUAUCCGGAAGAUUUUGAAGUUAAACCCAAGAGAGUGAUUCGACAGUGGAUAGCUGAAGGGUUUGUAAAGGAGGAAAAGGGAAAGACUUUGGAAGAAGUGGCGGAAGGAUAUUUAAUCGAGUUGGUCCAUAGAAGUUUGGUUCAAGUAUCUUCGCUAAGAAUCGUUGGCAAAGUUAAACGUUGUCGUGUUCAUGAUCUAAUACGCGAGAUGAUCCUUGAAAAAAAUGAGGAUUUAAAUUUUUGCAAGCAUAUUAGUGAUGAUGGACAAUCAACCUCAAGUGGAAUGGUUCGACGCUUAUCAACAACAAAGACUAGAUCUUAUGAUGUAAUUCCGCAAAUUGAAAGGUCGCAUGUUCGGUCAUUAUUUUGUUUUUCGAAUCAAGCUACUUUUUUUUUGUUGAAUAGCAUUGAUGCAUUGUCAAAAGGGAGAAUCCCUACAGAAUUCAGGUUGUUGAAGGUUCUUGAUUAUGAAUGGGUUCCAAUAUACCGUGUUUCUAACGAGGUUGGGAAUUUAAUCCAUUUGAAGUAUUUAAGGAUCAAUUCUAUAAGGAACGGUAAAAUCUCAAAAUCCAUUGGAAUGCUCCAGAACCUCGAGACCUUAGAAGUACAUGGUACAUAUACCUUUCAUUUGCCAAAAGAGAUUAGCCAUCUUAGAAAGCUAAGACAUCUUAUCAGCACUAAUAUUUCUUUGAUUGAACUAAAGAGUGGUAUUGGAGAGAUGACAUCCCUACAAACGCUUCGUAAUGUUGAUUUAAAUAUGGAUGGAGCUGCAGAGGUAAUUAAAGAGUUAGGAAAGCUGAAACAGAUGAGGGAUUUGGGAUUGAUUAAUGUUCAUGAAGAAGAUGUAAGCACACUAUCUUCUUCAAUCAAUGAAAUGCAACACUUGGAGAAACUAAAUGUCCAAUCAGGUGGUAAAGCUAAUAAAUCCAUUGAUUUGGACUUGACUUCCGCGCCAACUAUGCUUUGGAAGCUUUCACUUUUUGGGAGUUUAAAGAAGUUGCCAGAGUGGAUUCCAGAGCUUCAGAAUCUUGUCGUGUUGAGGUUGAAAUGGUCGUAUUUAAGUAAAGAUCUAAUGAAAUCACUAAAAAGUUUGCAGCAUUUGUUGAUCCUCUCUUUGACCGACAAUGCUUGUGAAGGUUUACGUUUGCAUUUUGAAGAUGGAGGGUUUCAGAAACUAAGGGAACUGUACGUUGAAAGUUCAAAAGAAUUGAGAGAUAUUAUUAUCGACAAAGGAGCGCUUUCGUCUCUGAAGAAGCUUCAGUUAUACAAACUCCCCAGAUUGAAGAAUAUACCCUUUGGAAUCAAACACUUACAGAAGCUUGAAGUUCUGCAUAUUUGGAUAAUGGAUGCUGAACUUAUACAGAGCAUUUCUACUAGGGAUUGGUAUGUGGUGGGGCAUGUGCCCACUGUAGAUAUUCAUAACAUUGGUAGAGCUUUUAUUCCAAACUCAAGGAGAUAGAAAUCAUUGCUUUAUCACACUCAAUCGAGAAAAGUUUUGAGCUGUAUAGAAUGAAUUGUGUAUGCAACACCAAUAUGGCAUGAGAACUUUCCUUUCAAUCUGAGAGUUGAAGAAGCUGCAGAGCCUCAUCAAGAAUACACUGAAGGGACGAGGAACGAGCAAUCCAUGUCUAAACAGAAGUAUGUACCGUCGAAGAAUCAACCUCAAAAAUAACAUGUUUGAGGGAAAAAUUAUGGGCAAGAUGAAUUCCAUAUUUUAAAACUAUCAUUUCAGCUGUUAAUGUGUUGCUGGAAUUAAUUUUGCAGUGGAAAUGUUGAAUCAUUCCAUUAGCAGGAAUAAACGAGUCAUCAACGAUAAAUAUUGUUAAGAGUUUCUUAAUAAAUUCAAGUGCUCCAACCGGUUACUAUAUGUGUAAUCGAUUAUUGGUGUAAAAAUAAAUCAAAUAAACUAAAGAAAAGUAAUUAUGCCGUUGGUGUAACCGAUUAUGCAUUCGCAGUAAUCAGUUAUCACUGUUAGUUAAAUUUUGUUUUAUUUUAUUAGAUUUUAUUAGAUUUAAUUCAUAUUUAAAUUGUAUUAUUUUCUUAGCCCCUAAGUUUGUUAGAGGGUAUUUUAGUAUUUUAUCCUAUUAUAGUAACCCUAGUUUUAGCUUAUAAAUAGGGUGUCAAUCAUUGUAACUUUUAAUCCUUUUUGUAGCCGUCAUUCUCUUAAUAGAAUAUUCAUCUUUUAUUCUACCUUUGCACCAACAAUUGGUAUCUAGAGCUCCGGUUCGGAUUCAUUGGGAAACACGGGAAACACGAGUGAACGUGAGGUCUUGUGUGUUUGAUUUUGAUUCUUAGAUUCGUGUUGAAUCUUGAACAAAAUCUGAUCAGAAUUUUAAUUCUGUGGGUUGGGAAACACUGUGU